CUGAGGCGAGUCUCUAGAAAUAGUAUAUCUCUGUAAAAGGUUUGGAUCCUCAGCAGCAGUUGUUGUUGGGAGUUUUUCCAGACGUCCGGUCCAUGUAAGGGGAACUCCGGCGGUUUGGGGGUCCCACCUCGAGUCCAGCUCGUCCCCGAAGACCCCGAGUCCAUCAGACUAUCACCACGUCUCCUCCUGCAGCUCAGACAGCUGCACUAUUUAAACUCCUGCUCCCAAACCAUCUGACCAUCAGACCUUCAGAGCGACUGCAGCAGCAGCAUGGCGAGCAGAAAGACGAAGAAGAAGGAAGGAGGCGCCAAGAGAGCUCAGAGAGCCUCUUCCAACGUCUUCUCCAUGUUCGAACAGACUCAGAUACAAGAGUUCAAAGAGGCGUUCACACUGAUCGAUCAGAAUCGAGACGGAUUCAUCGACAAGGAAGAUCUCAAGGACACGUACGCGUCUCUGGGUAAACUCAACGUGAAGGACAAGGAGCUGGAGGACAUGCUGAAAGAAGCUUCUGGUCCCAUCAACUUCACCAUGUUCCUCAAUCUAUUCGGAGAGAAGCUGCACGGUACGGACCCUGAGGAAACCAUCUUAAACGCCUUCAAGCUGUUUGAUCCCGACGCCAGCGGCUUCGUCCACAGAGACGAAUUACAGAAAGUCCUGAUGACACAAGCAGACAAGUUCACACCUGAGGAGGUGAAGCAGAUGUUCCAGUCUUCCAACAUCGAUGCUGCAGGAAACCUCGAUUAUAAAUCUCUGUGUUACAUCAUCACGCACGGCGAGGAGCAGGAGGAGGCGUAGAGUCAUUUUACAUCAUGGCGAGGAGCAGGA